UAUAAAUAGCGCGGGGCUGCGCUCCUCUGCACUCAUUCGCUCCAGCGCUAAAGCCUCCACAGCCGCUCCGGCUCAGCAGUGCGCACCGAGCAGCUCGCCAUCACCGAGUUGGAGCGCCACGUCUGGGGCUGCGAACCACCAGGACACAAAGAAGUCCAGAUGUCUUCCUACGUGUACUCCGAGUCCCGCCGGGUCAGCCCCUCUGUCCACGGCAACAAGUUCGACACGGCGCACCGCAAGAAGGCCGUGGCCAACAUCUUCGAAAACGUCAACCAGGACGCGUUGAUGAGACUCUUCCAGAAAACGGGAGACAUGAAGGCGGAGGAGAGGGUGCGGAGCAUCUUCUCCUACACGCUGGACCCGGAGGAGACGGCCCGGGCGCUGAUGGCUCUGAAGAAGCGAAAGAAGGACAAGUUCCUCCGGAUCGCCGGCAUGGUCCGGCAGCUGCUCCAACUGCGCUGAACUCCCCGCAGCCAUCUUACACCGCCUGUGUCUCUGUCUCUCAAUCUGUCGGCUCUGAGGUGAGCCGAGUGAGAAAACAAACGAUGUGACUGAGGUCUCCGCCGCAGGGGCGUCUCGGCCGCCGCCCGGGAAAGCGGCGUCAGGAGGAGGCGCCGCGGGCCGCCUGAAGGACGGCGAGCGGCAGCUGCGGCCCUCAUGGACGGAGGACCUGCCAGCAGCCUAGCCCUGUCUGGAAGCAGGUGGGGCAGCAUGCAGUGACUGGGAAUAUGAAGGGAAUAUGCCUUCCUUCACACCGGAACCCAUGCGUGAAUGCGUGCGUUCCCGUGGAUGCGUGAAGGUGGAGCAGCACCCUGCUGGCGCGCAUCACCGUGUUGAUGCUGGCGCACCACAGCUGCAGCAUGAGACUCUAUGGUGCCGAAGUACUUGCCUAUGAAUGCCUUCCCUGAGCACAUGCCUUGUCUCUGACUUUUAUUCUGCUGUAUGAACUCCACUGUUUGGACACUAAUGUGUGACGACAAUGUGAUAGCACAACGAUUUAUACUGAUGUGACAUUCCUUUGAUCACCCUUUUU